GCUGGUCUGGAAUGACGCCUCCGUGGGGUAUGAACAGAUGCAGCACGGACAACCGCCGGUUUGAAGAGCAAGGCGUUUCUUUUCCAGUUUUCAAAUCUGUACCUAUUUCUGCCUUGAAGCAGAAUGGGCUUCUGCAGUCUCUAUCAGCAGCAGCCAAUGGAUGCAAAGAAGUGGAUAUUAGUGAAGAGGUACGGCGAGCCCGAGAAGAAUGGGAGGCUGUGGAAAACAUCCAUCCAGGAGGAAUUUUGGAGAAGCCUCCUGGGCCCGUACCCUUAAUCUCUUUCAACGAAGCACUGCAGCAUUUUCAAACGGCAGAUCUUUCUGACUGCAGGAAAAAGAUUCAGCCAACAGUUCAAAGAAGGGGUCUGGCAGCCAUUGCCCACUUCCUUUUCGGCCCUCCCCGCCUCCAUCAACAGCUGCAAAGUGAGAGGGACUUGGCCCUGACAAUUGCUCAGUGUGGCUUGGACAAUAAUGAGAAAGUGCACAUGAGAAUUCUGCAAACAAUCUACAAGAAAUUAACAGGAUCCCGAUUUGAUUGUGCCCGCUAUGGAUCUCAUUGGGAAGACUUGGGGUUUCAAGGGAUGGAUCCUGGCACAGAUCUGCGUGGGACUGGAUUGCUAGGAUUGAUGCAAACGCUGUAUUUUGUGAUGGAUUCUCGGAUAUUACCUCUAGCACGAGAGAUUUUCAAGCUGUCCCAUCACGAAACACAGAAUUUCCCUUUCUGUGUGAUGUCAAUCAAUAUUACUCGUAUUGUGAUCCAGGUACUGAGGGAAGAACGCCUUUCUAGAGAGUGUAAUCGAAGGCAACAGGUCAUUGUGGUGCUAAACGAUUUGUACGUCGCUAUAUUUUUGCGCCUCUUCAACAUCUGGAAGACCCAGCAGAAGACCAUCUCUGACUCUGGUUUUGUUCUAAAAGAACUGGAGGCAUUUGCCAAAAGGAACCCUAAGCAACUGCUCAGGCACUUGGAGAUGUACAUGAAUGGGAAUGGUGUGUCGGAAGAUGGCUUUCAAGUCCAUGCUGUCUCGCCUGAGGUUUUUGGUCCCAACCUAAGCUCUGUAGGUAACCACAAAGAGGCAGGCUUUACCGGCGUGUGUGACCUGCCAACUGAGACAGAGCAAGAGAGCUGA